GGACGCGAAAGAGAGCGACCGCUCGGCCAAACUAAACCUACUGCAAUAAAUCCUUCACACUUCAUCUUCGAAUACCAGAUUAAAGUUCUGGUUAUGGUAAAUCACUCAAAUUCGCCGCUUAGCAGGGCCAAAAACACACAAAGUGUGGUUCAGAAUGGGUUAUCCAAAGAACUUGUCGACUUGCGUCAAACUGCAGAUGUUCACUCAGAUCAAAAGAUGUUUAAUGGAGCAGGUAUUUAUUAGGCCGUAUUCUAUUCAUGUCCGGGUAAAAUCUGCUGCUGCCUUCAAUGAUGAUGCGCCCCAAUACCAACUCCAAUUGCGACAUGAUGAUGAACAACAACAAGACUCUGCUGGUCGUACGAAAACCAAUCCAGAGAGAUUAGAUAUGAGUGCAACUGGUUAG